AUGCCGGAAGACUACAUCGUCACUGCAGCCAUGGUAACCAGCACGAGUAAUCUGGGCAGUAUUCAAAGCAACAUUCUGAUUCUCGCAGAGUUCAGCAUCGACGGAGAGGAUCUGAAGCAAGGAGGCCUUGAAUCACCCUCGCUUGCUGCUAUGCUGAAGCUUGUUCUCGCCCAGACUAUCCUCUACCACCUGGCAAGCAACCUUGUCAAAGCCUCAUUUCUGGUACAAUAUCUUCGCCUCUUCCUAGUCAUCCCUCAGAUCGUCUGGAUAUGUAACGUGCUUCUUAUCCUGGUCUUCGGUGCCACGGCUUGGGGCAUCUUCGGUAACAUCUUUCUCUGCGAGCCUGUGCAGAGUUACUGGAAUGUCACGCUAUCAGGAAAAUGCAUGAACAAAGAAAACCACUUCUGGUCAACGAGCAUCAUCGGUCUCGUACUCGACUUCUCCAUUUGGGUUCUGCCUAUUCCCGUAAUUGGGAAGCUGAAUUUGCCCAGUCGGCAGAAGCUUGGACUAGUCGCAGUCUUUGGGCUUGAGGCGGGUACCUACGCUAUAAUCUUCUCGACUAUCGAGGUUAACGUCGCCAUCAUCUGCGGAUCGCUGCUUGUCAUGACGCCUCUGAUUGCACGCCUCCUGCCAGGUAUCAUGCCCGAGCAACCAAUGACCGCGGCGGAAGACGAACGGACAUGCAGAACCUUGACCGGAUUGCAUCUACUCAGUGGAGGCACGGAGGGUGACGUGGAGAAGGCGCAAAGGGGCGGGAGGCGCGACACCUUGAUUGAGUCGGAUGCGUUCGCUACGACCAAAGAGAUGAAGAGGCUCAUGAAGGGGCUGGGGAACAGCAAGCGAAACACUACGUAG